AUGUCACAAACGCAAGACUCGCUGCGACCUGGAUACUACCAAAGCUCCAUGCUCAAGAUGCUCGGAACUCGGAGAGAUUUGCGUUCUUCGCACCAGAAAAGCCUACAGGUGAAUCCGUCCCCAAGUCUUCUCGCUUCUCUAACCCCACGUGCAGUGCCCGAGGAAGAAGAAAGCUCUGUCCCACAUAUUGAGCAAGCACAGAUUGUUGCGGCAUCCAUCACACAGCCGGGUCCGCAAGCCGUGCCACUGUUCGUUGGUGAAGGAGGCUAUGGCGAUAUAUUGGCUGCUACGGGAAAUGUGGACCAUCGCCAUUUCAUAGUGCCUGGAGAGGCGGAGAAACCCCUGGCACCCGAAGACCUCGCUUUUCUCAAAGUCAAGGGAUGUUUUUCACUCCCCGCCGAAAGCGGGGAACUGAUCAAGGCGUAUUUUCAAUAUUUUCAUCCUUCAUUUCCAGUCCUCGAUGGACCAUCGUUCUUGCAAGAGUACGCCAGUAGCGGUCUGAAUAAGAUCAACUUGCUCCUUAUUUGGAGCAUAUUCUCCAUCUCUGCAAGCUAUCUUCCGAUCCAGUCACGAAGGGCCACCAAGGAGGUGUGCGUUCAACGAGCAAAGCUUCUGUUCGAUCUCACCCACGAAAGUGACAAGAUCGUCCUUAUUCAGUCGGCACUUCUUCUCAGUUUCUGGUUUGUCGACGCAGAAGACAUCAAGCAGUCAUGGUAUUGGUCUGGCAUCGCGUUUGGGAUUGCCCAAACACUAGGUCUGCACCGGGCACUGGACGUUGGCCUUCCACAAUCUUCGAUGAGGGAACAGAUUCUAUGGAGAAAUAUAUGGAGGUGCUGCAUGUUCCGAGACGUGUGGCUGUCGUAUGGAAUGGGCAGACCAUUAAGGAUUAACGCCACCAAUUGCAAACGCUCUGAGCUUCCAUUUUCAGAGAAUCAUGUUCAGGGCAUAGCUUUUGACGGAGUAGAUCUCUACACACCUGCAGAGGCAGCAGGAUUCAUGAAGAUGUGGCAGGUCUUAGUGGGAGUCGGUACUACUUUACGCGCAAUAAUGUCAAUCGGGCAAGACCUAUCCCCUGCUCAGACGAAGAGCUUCGGAAUCCAAAUAUGUCCACAGUCCGACUGGGAGCAAACACUACUUCUGACCGUCGUCAGUCGGCAGUUAAGACUUCAUCAAAAUGCUGCCCUGAGCGCACUAUAUCGGUCUAGUGAUGAUAGAGAAAAGCUGGGAGCUGUGGCCGCAGAUACUACGUCAGUUAUACAUGCGUGUCUUGAUGAUGGGACAACUGACUAUGUCGCUCCGACUACAAUACCUCUCGUUGUACCGGCUAUGCUUGUGCAAUUGAAGAUGCUCAAGUCUACGGAGCUGAAGUCGAGGAAACAAGGUGAAAGCACCCUUGAGCUAUACUUUCGGUUCUUAACUGCCAUCGAAGACAAUUACCCUGCGGCAUCAAUUGUGAAGAGGCUUUUCGCCGCUGCACAAAAUUUCAUCUUCCGGAGCGACUCGGGAACAAUUCAUAAGGACCAGUUGACUAGUAUCCCAAGUCCACUUGUGUCUUUCCCGUCUUCUCAGCAGCUUGAAUAUGAUCAUUUCCAGGGAUUUGACUAUUAG